AUUUGGGAAAUUUGAUAAAUUAUGCUUAAAGAUUAGAGGUGGUGUUUAAUUAUACUACCCUUUUAAAAAUUUUAUAACUAUUCUCAUCUUUUAAUAGUGACCCCAAAAUACCCCUCUCCUCUAACCCAAAAAAUUUGCCUCUUCUCCCUCUCAUCUUCAUUCACGCACUCUCUCUCUCCUCUUCACGAUCUCUCUCUCUCUUUCACUCUCUCUCACUCUUCACGCACUCUCUCUCUCUCUUCACACACACUCCCUUUUUGUCACUGCCGCCGAUCGACCCUCUCCCGGCCGACUGCCACCUCCACCAUUUUCACCCUCAACCUCCACCUCACUCAACAAAGCAAUGGAUUCAUCUGUAUUUGUGCCUGUACUGUAUGAUGGCGUUUGGACUUUGGAGGGUUUGAACUGGGUAUUUGAUUCCUCAAAAAGUAGGACAUUGAUAUUGGACAUUGACUGUACACUGAAAAAGUUGCAUGAAGUUUUGCAUGAGGAGUUGGAGGUGGACCCCUUGGUGUUUGAAUUGAAGUUAGAAGUUCUUUACAUGUACAUGAAAGGCACUAAGUUUCCACCUGAGGUUUUAGUGAAAGAUAGUCAACUACGAGUGUUCUUGAGCAUGAAGGCAAAAAUGAGUGUGGACAACUUGUUGCCACUAUUUGUGACUAAGGUGAAGAAGAAUGUGAAUUUGGAGCGGACUCCGAAAUGUAACCCCUAG